AUGCCCGAAUACUACGCGAAGAAGCCCUCCGCCGGUCAUGAGCAGGUCCGGGUGGUGCCCCCCCGGCACAGGCACAGGCAGCGGCGGCAGGCGGCGCCGGCGCCGGGGAAGAAAGGCGGCGGCGUGCAGAUCCGGUCGGUCUGGGCUUGGAAUCUGGAAUCAGAGUUCAAGCUGAUCGAGAGCCUGAUCCGGCGGUACCCCUACGUGGCCAUGGACACGGAGUUCCCCGGAGUGGUUUACCAGCCGCCGGUGAACCCCUUCCUGGCGACGCCGGAGGAGCGGUACCGCUGCCUCAAGGCCAACGUCGACGCCCUGAAGCUGAUCCAGGUGGGGCUCACCCUCUCCGACGCCGGCGGGAACUUGCCGGACCUGGGACUCGGCGGCGGCAGCGGGUUCAUCUGGGAGUUCAACUUCCGGGACUUCGACCCUGCUAGGGAUGACCACGCGCAUGAGUCCAUCGAACUGCUACGGCGGAACGGCAUCGACUUCGAGCGGAACCGCCGGAACGGCGCGGACAGCUCGAGGUUCGCGGAGCUGCUGCUUGGGUCGGGGCUGCUCCACGCCGGCGGCGCCGUCAGCUGGGUGACCUUCCACAGCGCCUACGACUUCGCGUACCUAAUCAAGGUGCUCACGGCGGCGCCGCUGCCGGAGCGGCUGGGGGAGUUCCUCGCGCUCCACCGGCGGUUCUUCGGGCGGCGGGUGUUCGACGUGAAGCACAUGGCGCGGUUCUGCGACCGCCUCUAUGGCGGGCUCGAGAGGGUGGCCGGAGAGUUGCAGGUGGAGCGGGCGGUGGGAAAGUGCCACCAGGCCGGCUCCGACAGCCUCCUCACCUGGCACGCGUUCCUACGCCUGCGCGAGCGCUUCUUCCUCCUCGACGGCGGCGAAAGGCUCGCCGGCGUGCUGUACGGCCUCGAAGUCUGCUGA